AUUCCUUCCCGUCUCUCCCUUGUCCACACAUCCACACCACACAUUCAAACUCCUUUGACCUUCCCACUCUCGAAUUUGCCCAACCAUGCAGAUUUUCGUCAAGACCCUUACCGGCAAGACCAUCACCCUCGAGGUCGAGUCUUCUGAUACCAUCGAUAAUGUGAAGCAGAAGAUCCAAGAUAAGGAAGGUAUCCCCCCAGACCAGCAGCGCCUCAUUUUCGCCGGCAAGCAGCUUGAAGACGGCCGCACCCUGUCUGACUACAACAUCCAGAAGGAGUCAACCCUCCACUUGGUUCUUCGUCUCCGUGGUGGUAUGCAAAUCUUCGUCAAGACUCUCACCGGCAAGACCAUUACUCUCGAGGUCGAGUCCUCUGAUACCAUCGAUAACGUCAAGCAGAAGAUCCAAGACAAGGAAGGUAUUCCUCCAGACCAGCAGCGCCUCAUUUUCGCCGGCAAGCAGCUCGAAGACGGCCGUACUCUUUCCGACUAUAACAUCCAGAAGGAGUCGACCCUUCACUUGGUUCUUCGUCUCCGUGGUGGUAUG